AGUCCACUGACGUGCCUCAGAGAGGGAGGGGGAGAGAGAGCUAAAAAGAGUGACUCAAAGUGACAGGGAGUGGGUCAGAGAGGUAGAGGGAGGGAGCCACAGGGGCACAGCGAGUGAUACUGACAGAGAGAGAGAGAGAAGGAGAGAGAUCCAGAGUUAUGGCGCCUGUGACCGGACCCCUGUUGCUCAUGCUGCUACUUCUGGGGUUAGACCACUACACCUUUGCUGCCGCCAAGAACCGGUGUGACAUGACAACCCUGGUGAUGACCAAGACAGAGUGUCACUCCUGUAGCGUCAGUUUCAACGUGGGCUGUCCAGCAGGCUUCAACAAGAAGAUUCCCGGGAAGGGAAAACCAGACUGCAAGUACCAUGUGAGUCCCAUGGCCAGUCUGAUGUUGUCUAUCAAGGGCUGUUCUCAUGAGUGUUACAAGGAGGUGGUUGAGCCCCACUGCUGUCCAGGGUACUGGGGACCAGACUGCAUCGAGUGCCCAGAGGACGCAGUCAGGCCCUGCAGUAAUAAUGGACUGUGUUCUGAAGGCAUGGGUGGCAACGGGACCUGCAGCUGUAAGCCUGGCUUCGUGGGAACUGCGUGUGAAGACUGUGCAGAUAAUCUUUACGGCUCAACCUGUAGUUCUGCCUGCACGUGUGGACAUGGCCUGUGUAAUGCUGGUAUCCACGGUGACGGGAUAUGCACCUGCUUCUCUGGGUAUAAAGGCCCAAAAUGUGAUCUYGAGCUGCCGGAGUGCUCGUCUCUGCUUUGUCCACAGAACACUCGCUGUAUGCAGGGCUCACUUGAUGGGUCGCUGCGUUGUCAAUGUCUACCUGGCUACCGAACCUCUGGAGAUCAAUGCAUAUCCAUAAACCCGUGCCUGCAGCAGGUGUGCCACAUCCAUGCCACCUGUGCCCAUGUGGGGCCCAACAAGCACUUGUGUACCUGUGCCCAGGGCUACAGCGGGGACGGGCACGUGUGUGUUCCCAUAGACCCCUGUCAAACACACCUGGGGGGCUGCUCUGCUGACUCUGCGCGUUGCAUGUACGAUGGGCCAGGGAAGUCUCAUUGUGAGUGUCAAGACGGGUUUGACCACCUGACAGGAGGUGUGAGCUGCAGCCUGAAGGACUUGUGCAGACCUAACUCCUGCAGCAAACACGCCAACUGUUCAACGGUGGAGCCGAACAUAGUAGAGUGCACAUGUCACGAGGGUUACGUGGGCAACGGCAAGAUUUGCUAUGGCAACAUCAUGCAGCGUCUGAACGAUCUGAACUCAGAGCCCGGGGGCCAAUGGACCGGUCAGCUCAGCAAUGCCAUCACACUCUUUGGUGCGUCUCAUUGGUUAAUCAUCAGCCAAUCACUGAUAACUCUGAUGGCUGACCCAAUGAAGGCUAAGUACCUGUGUAAGCUGCACAUUUCUCCCGUGGAGAUGCCCUAUGACAUGCUGAACAGAGGGGACAAGCAGCUCAAGAUCCGUAUCCAUGGCAGCAGGAAGAAGGGCGGGGUCCUGCAGUCUGAUGUCAUCGCUUCCAAUGGGAUCAUCCAUAUUAUCAACAAGCUGAUGGACAGUGUCUCACCCACGGUGGAGAGCGACAGAGAGGAGAAUCUGAUGAAGAUUCUAUCAGACUAUGGGAAGUUUUCCAAGUUCAAGGAUUUGUUGAUGAAAGCCAAUGUUGAUUCUGUAUUGGAGGAGGCUGGGCCCUCCACCAUCUUUGCCCCCACCAACACAGCCUUCGAUGCCAUGAAGGAGGGACAGCUGGACUAUCUCACCUCUAGUGAGGGAAGCACUAAACUACUGGAGCUACUAAGGAAUCAUGUGAUCCCCUCAUUCAAUUUGGAGGUCUAUAACGCUGUGACCAACCAGCGGAUUAGGACCAUUGCCAAUCAGAUCCUCUCGUUCAAUGUGACUGAAAACGGUCAAAUCCUGGUCAACGGCAUGGCUGUACUGGAGGCAGACGUGGAGGCCAAGAACGGACGCCUCUAUUCGCUGGACGGAGUUCUAAUCCCGUCCUCCAUCGAGCCGGUACUGCCUCACAGGUGUGACAUCACAGAGAACAAACUUUUGAAGGGUGACUGUGUCAGCUGCUCAAAGGUGACCAAGUCCGGCUGCCCACCCGGAGCAUCCACAAACACCUUCCUUCGCGGCUGUGUGUUCCGGAACAUACUGAGUUUCAACAUCCUUACGUUUGGCUGCUCCCCCAUAUGCAACAGGACCCUCACGACACCACUGUGCUGUAAGGGCUUCUAUGGGCCAGACUGCACCCCAUGUCCUGGAGGGUUCAACACCCCCUGCUCCCGUCACGGACAGUGUUCUGAGGGGAUCGAGGGAAACGGGGCGUGUGUCUGUGAGACCGACUUCAAAGGCUCCCGGUGUCACUACUGCUCCAACCCCAACAAAUACGGACCAGCCUGCGACAAAACUUGUGACUGUAUCCAUGGUGUGUGUGAUAACCGUCCCGAGGCAGACGGGCGUUGUAAGGUGGACUCCUGCCAGCCGGGCUACACUGGCCAGUACUGUGAGCGCCACACCCAGGCCUGUGGCCCCCAGGUGACCUUCUGUCAUGCCCACGCAGAGUGUAACUUCAACGGAGGGGCAGUCAAGUGUGUGUGUAACCCUGGUUUCCAAGGCGAUGGGAUCACGUGCGUGUAUACGGAACCCUGUGCCCUUCCGAACCGUGGAGGAUGCGAUGUGAAUGCCAAGUGUAUAAAGACAGGGCCAGGCUCACACACAUGCCAAUGUUUGGCAGGAUGGAGGAUGGAUGAGGAUGGGUGCCAGCCUAUCAAUGACUGCCUGGGCCCUGACAGAGGGGGCUGCCAUCCCAAUGCCACCUGCAUCUACGUGGGCCCUGGACAGAGCGGCUGUGCGUGCAAGAGUGGUUUCCGUGGCAAUGGGAGGGAGUGCGAGGCGAACAAUCCGUGCGUGGCACAAAAUGGCGGCUGUCAUUAUCUGGCAAGCUGUCUCUACGUGUCCGGUGCAUGGAAGUGUGUGUGUGAGGAUGGAUACACAGGUGACGGAGAGGUGUGCUACGGCAACGUGGGACAGGAGUUGAUGGCCCUUCCUGAUGUCGCUGGGUUCGCCAAAUGGGUGACUGACAUAGGAAUUUCCCAGCUGCCACUCAUGAACAGUCAGAACGUAACUCUGCUGGUGCCGUCCACAGCAGCUACAGACAAGAUGAACAAAGAGGACAAGGACUUCUGGACAACCCAGGGGAACCUACCCAGUAUCAUCAAAAAUCACAUGAUCCAAGGUGUCUACUCACUAGAUGACCUCCGCGAUGCAUCCUCCAACUUGCAGCUCACUUCCGUUCUGAAGAAGGCUCUUCCUGUUACUAUUACCAAUGAGUCCACAGUGAUUGGAGGAGCCACCAUAACAACCGCGAAUGUGGCUUCAACCAAUGGACUGAUCCACAUUAUUGACACAGUGUUGGUUCCAGAGAGGAGCCUCAGUGAGGGGCUGCUGGAGCUGCUUGCACGGAGGCCAGAGUUCUCCCUGUUCAGGAGUUACCUUGUCCAUCACAACCUGACAGGAGAGAUAGAGCAGGCCUCGGCCUACACUGUGUUCGCUCCAACAGACGGCGCUGUCCUCGAGUACCUCAAGAAUACCGCUUCAGACACCAUGGACCUGAAUACGACGCGGUACCACGUAGUGCUGUCUGAUAUGUUAAUGAAGGUAGACCUGCAGGGCGGAGCCUACAAGGAGACCAUGCUGGGGUUCUCCUACCAGCUAGGCAUCUUACCCAGGGAUGACAAGUUGUUUGUGAAUGAAGCCCAGAUAAAUGUGUCAGACAUCCUGGGAGGUAAAGGGGUGAUCCACGGCCUAUCCGCAGUACUAGAUAUCAUCAGAAAUCGCUGCGACAUCCAGCAAUUCAAGACAUUUCCGGGAUUCUGUCAAGAUUGCUUCAACCCACAACUCAACUCCUGUCCAACUGGAUCUACCCCAGUGGUAUUGGUCAGGAAAAAGUGUAUGUUCAGUCGGGUCUACCAGGGGGCACAGCUGCUCAGCAUCGGCUGCAGGACCAUCUGCAAGAACACUACCAUUGUGCGGAGGUGCUGUGGCGGGUUCUACGGGGAGCACUGUGAGCCYUGUCCAGGGCCCAAAGGCCAGCCUUGCUAUGGGAACGGGAUGUGCCAGGACAUGACCAACGGUACAGGGGUUUGCCAGUGUAACAAGAACUUCAACGGGACUGCUUGUGAAGCGUGCCAGGAGGGCAAAUACGGCAUCCACUGUGACCAAGACUGUAGGUGUAAGAACGGCCGGUGCAACGAAAGUAUCCAUGGAGAUGGGACAUGCGAGUGUGACGCGUAUUGGAGAGGGGUCACCUGUGAUGAGAAGUUCACUAGAGAAGAGAACUGUGGGGACAGGACGUGCCACACCAGUGCAAUAUGUGUAGCAGGUCGCUGUGAAUGUCUGGCAGGGUUUCAGGGUAACGGCGUCGACUGCAAAGCGAAAGACGCCUGCAAAGACAAUAACGGGGGAUGCAGUCCUCACGCUGUGUGUAAGAGGACUCUCCCUGGACGCAGGCAGUGCGUGUGCAACACGGGAUAACCACGCGAUGGGAUGGUGUGUGUACAGAUCAACCCCUGCCUGGACGGUAAAGGAGGCUGCCAUGUGAAUGCAGGCUGUAUUCACACCGGACCUAACAAAACGUCGUGUGUGUGCAGCCACGGCUACACAGGAGAUGGGAAGGAGUCGUGUACGGUUAUCAACCUCUGUCGAACGAAACAAAGGGACUGCCACAGGUUCGCCAGGUGUAAUAUGACUGGUCCAGGGGAAAACAGCUGCACCUGUAUGGACGGAUACAUGGGCGACGGCAUCCGCUGCAAAGGCACUGUGGGCAAGGAGCUUCUCACCAGGAAACUGAGGGAUUUCUAUCUUGGGUUGAUGAUGGCAGAUAUUUCUCUGAAGGGCCGGGGUCCAUUCACAGUCUUUGCUCCAACAGCUGAGGCCUUCGCCCGGGGGGAGAUGGCAAAAGAGUUGAGGCAUCCCUCGAAGAGAGACAAGAGGGCCAACAUUCUUCGCUACCACAUCGUGUCAUGUCAUACCUUAUUGGCCAGCGACCUGACCACGCCCAGAAACCUGACCACUCUCAUGGGAGACGUCUUGACCAUCACCUACUCUGAGGGWACCAUCCUCAUCAACAACAUGGUGAAAGUGGUGCGCAGUGAUGACCCGAGCAUCAAUGGGAUCAUCCAUGAGAUUGACACCUUCAUGAUACCAGAGAGGCUGAAGAAGGCUGAUGUGAUAGAGGGGCCAUUGAACCUCACUGAUGUGGCUGAUGGUAAUGGUUACAAGACCUUCUACAAACUGCUGUUGGACACAGAUGUGAUGGCAAUGGUGAACGACCCCCUCCACCAGCCCGUGACAUUGUUCCUGCCGUCGGACCGCGCCAUGGCCGCACUGCCCCAGGAGCAGAAAGACUUCCUUUACAACACACAGAACAGAGGACACCUGCUGGAGUAUCUCAAAUACCACAUCCUCCGAGACACCAAGGUGUAUGCAGCAGAGCUGGUCCACAUCGAUCCUAUACGGACGCUCCAGGGAUCCGAACUCAAAGCCAACUGUGGAGGGCUGGACAACAUAGGUGAAAUCUUCCUCAACGACGGGAACUGCCGAAUCAUCCAGAGGCACAUCCCCUUCAACGGUGGGAUAGCCUAUGGGAUCGACUGUCUGCUGAACCCGCCGAGCCUCGGGGGUCGCUGUGACAAAAAGGAAACUGUAGAUUUCCCGCUACCCUGUUCAUUCUGCACAUCAUCAACACGCUGCCCCCCUGGGUCCAAACUCAAGGAGGUGAAGAAAUGUGACCUGCACAUGAUAGUGAAUAUGAAUAAAGGCUGCCAGGCCUUAUGUACUUUUGUCCUCUGGCAACCCAAGUGCUGUACUGGCUUCUAUGGACGUGACUGUCUGGUUUGUCCUGGCGGGAAUUCAUCUCCCUGUUUGAACCAUGGAAAGUGUGAUGACGGUCACCUAGGCAACGGUAACUGCACAUGUGACACUGGUUUCCAUGGCGACGCCUGUGAGUUGUGUAAAAAAAGCCACUAUGGACCGGACUGCACAGCAUGUAACUGCACAGAGCAUGGGUCAUGUGAAGAAGGCCUUAAAGGGACAGGCUCCUGUUUCUGUGAACAGGGCUGGACCGGGCAGCGCUGUGAGACACAACUAGCGGAGGGUCCAGUCUGCUCCCCAACCUGCUCUCAGAACGGCAUAUGUAAAGAGAACAACACCUGUGUAUGUAAACUUUUCUACGAGGGAGACGGCAUCAGCUGCAUAGUGGCUGACCUGUGUAAGUUCUGGAACGGUGGCUGUGCCCAGGGAGCUAAGUGCAGUCAGAAGGGGGAGACGGUGAGCUGCGCCUGCCCUCAGGGACACUCUGGAGACGGCUUCAUCUGUCGGCCCAUAGACCCUUGCUCCGUCGAUGACAACGGGGGUUGCCACGAGCACGCCACCUGCACCAUGACUGGGCCGGGAAAGAAGAAGUGUGUGUGUAAGGAUAACUACAUCGGGGACGGUGUGACGUGUGAGGUGAAGGAGCUUCUUGUGAACCGUUGUCUCCAGGAGAACGGGCAGUGCCACUCUGACGCCCAGUGUACCGACCUUCACUACGAGGACAGCACAGUCGGUGUGUUCCACUUCCGGUCCAACAAGGGACAGUACAAGCUGAACUAUACAUCGGCCCAGGAGGCCUGCACAGGAGAGGGGGGAACCAUCGCCACGUACACACAGCUCUCCUACGCACAGCAGGCUGGGCUCAACCUGUGUGCGGCUAGCUGGCUGGACCAGGCCAGAGUGGCCUACCCCACCACCUACUCCAACCCCAAGUGUGGCUUUGGUCACGUGGGCAUCGUAGACUACGGCUUACGCAACAACCUCAGCGAGACCUGGGACACCUUCUGCUACAGGGUCAAGGAGGUGAAAUGUGAAUGUAAAGCAGGAUAUAUAGGAGAUGGAUACUCCUGCAUUGGAAACCUCCUGCAGGUCCUCACUGAGAAGCCCACCUUCUCCAACUUCCUCUCUCAAAUCCUGAACUACUCCCAGAUGUCCGUGUCAGGAAAACAGUUUAUGAAGCGCCUCAGUAACCUGACCAUCCAGUCCACUCUGUUUGUACCUGAUAAUACCGGACUGUACCAGAACCAGACACUGACCCACAGGGACAUGGAGUACCAUCUCUCGGAGGGCCGGGCCUUGGCCCUGAAAGACCUGACCAACGGCAGCCGUAUCCACACCCGGCUGGGCCAAAGCCUCAUUGUCCUGGGUAUCGUUGACUUCCUCAACCCAAAGGUCCUGAGUUCCUCACGUUAUAUCAACGACCGCUUCAUCGUCGACUCCGACAUCCUGGCAUCCAAUGGGAUCAUCCAUGUGCUGCAGGGACCCCUCAAAGCCCCUCCCCCUUGGAUAGUGCUCCACGCGGGUCACAAGGCAGGGAUGGGGAUUGGAGUUGUGCUGUUGAUCAUGCUGAUGGCUGGGGCUGGGUUCGUAGGCUACCACUUCUACACCCACAAGACCAAACCAUUCCAGUUCCACUACUUUAAGGAAGAGGACGAGACGCCUCCAGACUGCAACCCUGCCAUCUGCAACCCCAGCAUUGUUAACCCCACUUAUGACUCUGCCCCUGCCACAAGUGAACCCGUUCCAUCUGAGCUUCCUGAGGAGGACAAACACCAUGUGGUAGAGGGUGGCCCGUAUGACCUGCUCCAGGACUGCUGAGAGACACACGUCACAGUCCUCACUCUCCCUCUGAUAAAGCUGUGAGGAGUGCUACUACAUGUUGUACACGUGUUGACCAGUGGAGGGCAGCACUGUGGGACUAAGAGCACCAUUCAAUCUGUAGUUCAGCACUAUAGAAAUGUCAUUUCCGAUUGCACGGACAUUUGAAGCAUUUACCGUCAAUGCGGGAACAUUGCCGUUAAAUUUAAAUAGCGCUAAACUUCCACGACACAGCUUGACUCGAGCCCGAAGACUAUCCUCCUCAGAGAGAGUUGGACAGUGCCCUAAGGACAAACAGGGCUCAGUCUCCCACAAAACAACCUCACUAUGGACUCAUUCUCAGUGCCUUGUCUAGUAAUGUUAGCAGUCUUCCUGUGGCGCAAUCGUGAAAUAAAUAUUAUACAGAUUUUUGGGGGGUUAAUUCAUAUACAAAAUAAGUAUUUUAAGUCUCUGUCAAAAAGGGUUUACCCACAAUUUCAAAUCUUUAAUAGUAUGAAACGGAGAUAACCAGAUGCAACCAUCUUUGUUGAUAAAAACAUUUGAAGCAA